AUGCGACCGUCUCGCGUGCGUGCGCUGCACGCGCUUGUUCAUUCCUUGGGCCUCGACGAUGCAGAGUGUAUGACGGUGUGCCAUGCUCGUCCGGCAACGGCAGAGGAGAUGGGGACGUUUCACCGCGGCGCAUACUUGGAGUGUCUGCGGCAGGCGCCGGUCAUUUGCGGGAAUCCGCUGGACGAGAUGUCCCUCGCCUUUCAGAAGGAAUUUGACGUCCCGUUCGCGUCUCAGGAGGGCGACUGUCCUCUCUUCCCGGAGGUAUGGUCACUGGUGUCCAGCCAAGCUGGUGCCUCGCUUGCCUGUGCAGAGGCCCUCUUGCGCGGCGAUGCUACAGUGGCGAUGAACUGGGCCGGUGGCAUGCAUCACGCCGCUGCUGCCCACGCAAGCGGGUUCUGCUUUGUGAAUGACAUUGUGCUGUGCAUCCGCCGGCUUCUGCGGCACUACCAGCGCGUUCUUUACAUUGACCUGGAUGUGCAUCACGGGGACGGCGUGGAGGGGGCCUUUUAUGGCAAUCACCGCGUGAUGACACUCUCGCUUCACCAGUUCGGCAACGGCUUUUUCCCCGGCACCGGCGACUACCCAACACGUGAGACAGCUGACAGCUUCGCUAUCAACGUCCCACUACCCACGCGGACGGGAGACGCCGCUUACCUCUUAUCUUUCCGCACUGCACUGUCCAGCGUGGUUCAGUGUUUCGAUCCGGAGGCGAUGGUCGUGCAGUGCGGCGCCGACACCAUAGUAGGCGACCUCAUUGGGCGACUUUGCGUGACUACGUUGGCGCACACGCAGUGUGUGGCCAAUGUGCUGUCAUUUGAGCGACCGACGGUACUGCUUGGAGGAGGCGGUUACCACGUGUUUCACACGGCCCGCUGCUGGGCGAUCCACACCGCCACCGCGCUUGGUCGCACAGCCGCACAGCUACCCUUGUACAUCCCGCGCACGGACCCCUACUACAUGGAUUACCGGCAAGAAUGCACGCCAAAGCGGCCGACGCUGCACGUAUUUCUCGACCCUGACGUUGAUGACCCACUGCCGCUGGGGGACAGCUUGGUGUUCUGGCGUCAACUGUGUCUCAGCAUCCAGUGGCAGAUGCGCACUGCCCGCCUUGUGAGGCAAGGGUUUUCUCGCACAGUACAGCUUUGCCGGCAGAGACGGGCAGCGUUGCUGAGGCAGUUCGCCUCGCAAGAGGCAGGGAAAGAAUCUGGUGUCGGUGUUAGCGGUCCUAAGCGCCCCCGCUCAGCAGCUACAACGGACCGCAGUGGCGAGGAGGGGGCGGAGGACAGAGUGUUCUCGGGGUGA